GCAUGGGAAAGUGAUUCCCCCCACUUCCUACAGCUAAGGGAUUGGGGUGGUGGGCGGCGGUGGAUACUAGCGAUGCCCCCCUACCUGCUCGUGUCUGCCUCCAGGAUGAAGCUCUUCAUCGCACUUCCCGUCCUGGUUGUGGUCGUAGCCAUGGCUUUGGAAGGCCCAGUCCCCGCCCAGGCGGCCCCUGAUUUAUCCAGCACAUUGGAGAGCUUACCAGAUAAACUGAAGGAGUUUGGGAACACUUUGGAAGACAAGGCCCGGGCAGCCAUUGAACAUAUCAAACAGAAGGAAAUUAUGACCAAGACCCGGACCUGGUUUUCAGAGACAUUCAGCAAAGUGAAGGAGAAACUUAAAACCACGUUUGCCUGAGUGCUUGGCCGGCCACCUUGCAGCAGCAAGGUCGUCCACAUGAAGUGCCAGGUGAUGACACACCAAUAAAAAAAAAACCUGUAGAGAACAAA